GCAUGCGCACUCGCUGAUUUUUCACCACACACACUUCUCUGCUCGUCAGUGCGGCUGGGGCUGGCGGUGGGGCUGGUCCACGCAUUGGCGCCGUCACGUGUUUUGCUCCUCAGAGUGAGACGGAGGGGGCUGGCCUCCUGAACACGCACUCUCCCUCGCUCGCACUCACUCACUCACACAUACACAGAGCCGCUUGUUUUGGUUUGGGAGCGCGCACAGGCGGAGGAGAGGGCUCCCUUCAGGAGGAGGAAGGAGAGGAGGCACUACUGCUGCUGCUGCUGCUGCAAGACGAAGGCCCUGCUCUCCUUCUGCUGCUCUGAGACUGGAAUGAAGAAGAGGAAGAGAAAAGUGGACGAAGAAGACGCAGAAGAUGUGCCUCCUUCUCCUCAGCCUCCACUCCUCCUUUCCGCCUCCUUCUCCAUUCCCCCCUUCGCUCGCCUCUGCCUGCUGCUGUUCCUGCUGCUUACCUCCUCCUCCUCUUCCUUUGGGGAAAAGAGCACUUUCCCUUCUUCCUAACCAGACGGGACUGAAUGGGGUCGACCAUCACAAACUGAAGAAGAACCCGCUCUGAAAUAUUAUUAUUAUUAUUAUUAUUAUUAUUAUUAUUAUUAUUAUUUGAGGAUUUUUGCUGUGCUUCUUUGGAUUCCCUCCCUUACCAGAAGGAUUUAAUUAUUUAACCUUGGUGCUGUUUGGACUUCUUGGUUUCACUAUUAUUAUUAUUACUAUCCGGGAAGAAAAAAACAUUUUGCCACUUGUUUGGUCUUGGUGCUGUUGGACUACUUGGGUUUGUUUUCAUUUUUUUCAUUAUUAUUGCUAUUUUUUUUUAAUUGGAAAAAGGGUUACCUGUGUUCAAGUUAAAGACUUAUUUUAUUCUUUUGGCAAAACAAGCUCUCUCUCCACCUCCUUCUUUCCCUCCUUUCCCUCCCAAGAGGAUAUUGGAUCCCAAAUUGGUUCCUUUCUGAAGGGUAACUUGAGAAGAAGGGGGUUGUUUGUUUGGGAGAGAGAGAGGCGACAGGGGAAACCCUGAUGGCUCCCUUCGCGAGAGGAAUUUCCACUCCUGUUUGGAUGAAAGGAUGCCCUGCUCUGUUUGCUCUGAGGCUGCUGCUUGUACCAGACUUUCGUGGGGACUUCUGAAAGCCACGUUUCCCCCAAGAAGGUUGAUUUGGAACUAAAACACAAAAACCAGCAGCACCUAACUCAGCAGAGGCUCUGAACAGCUGCUCUCUGCUUUACCACUCUUCCCAUUUUGGAGCUUUAUUAUUGGUUUGUUUUGUUGUUGUUGUUCUUGCGAGGCUGCUGCAUGAAUGGUAUUUUGGACUGCUACUGCUGCUGCAUUCGUUCUCCGUUGUCUCUCUGCUGAUUUGGAAGCUGCCCUUUGCCAGCGGAGCUGCAGUGCCGCCUGCCUGCUUCCAGCAUGGCGAGCCCCACCGAUCCUCAUCACCACAGCGAGGGCUUCUUCUCCGAUGUCAGGAAGGUGGGCUACUUGCGCAAACCCAAGAGCAUGCACAAGCGCUUCUUCGUGCUGAGGGCAGCCAGCGAGUUGGGACCUGCCCGCCUGGAAUACUAUGAGAAUGAAAAGAAAUGGAGACACAAAUCAGGGGCCCCCAAGCGCUCGAUCCCUCUGGAGAGCUGCUUCAACAUCAACAAGAGGGCGGACUCCAAAAACAAGCAUCUGGUGGCUCUCUACACCAAGGAUGAGCACUUUGCCAUUGCUGCUGACAGUGAGCCUGAGCAGGAGAGUUGGUACCAGGCGCUGCUGCAACUGCACAACCGAGCCAAGAGCCACCAUCACCAGCACCAUCACCACCACCACUACCAUGGGGAUGUUACUGUGGGGGGUGGGAAUGUUGGAAUGGGAGAGGCAGGAGAGGAUAGCUAUGGUGACAUGGCUCCUGGCCCAGCGUUCAAAGAAGUUUGGCAAGUGAUCUUGAAACCCAAAGGUUUGGGCCAGACUAAGAACCUGAUUGGCAUCUACCGCUUGUGCCUAACCAACAAAACCAUCAGUUUCGUCAAGCUGAACUCUGACGCGGCAGCGGUGGUGCUGCAGCUGCUCAACAUCCGGCGGUGUGGCCACUCGGAGAACUUUUUCUUCAUUGAGGUGGGGCGCUCUGCGGUCACUGGACCAGGUGAGUUCUGGAUGCAGGUAGAUGACUCAGUAGUAGCACAGAAUAUGCACGAGACCAUCUUGGAGGCUAUGCGGGCAAUGAGUGAGGAGUUCCGACCUCGUAGCAAAAGCCAGUCUUCUUCUAAUUGCUCCAAUCCUAUUUCUGUGCCUCUCCGGAGCAGGCAUCAUGUCAACAACCCACCGCCCAGUCAGGUGGGGCUCAGCCGUAGGUCUAGGACAGAAAGUGUGACUGCUACCUCCCCUGCUGGCAGUGGAGUGGGAGGUGGGGCAGGGGGAAAGCCCAAUUCUUUCCGUGUCCGAGCAUCCAGUGAUGGAGAAGGCACUAUGUCAAGGCCAGCAUCAGUGGAUGGAAGUCCAGUGAGCCCAAGUGCCAAUCGGACUCACUCGCACAGGCACCGCGGCAGCUCCAGACUUCAUCCUCCUCUCAACCACAGUCGCUCCAUCCCAAUGCCUUCCUCACGUUGUUCUCCUUCUGCCACAAGCCCCGUCAGCCUCUCAUCCAGCAGUACCAGUGGUCAUGGCUCCACCUCAGACUGCCUGUUUCCACGCCGGUCCAGUGCUUCAGUCUCAGGCUCCCCCAGUGAUGGGGGCUUCAUCUCCUCUGAUGAGUAUGGAUCGAGUCCUUGUGACUUCCGCAGCUCCUUCCGAAGUGUAACCCCUGAUUCUCUGGGACACACACCACCUGCCAGGGGAGACGAGGAUCUUAACAACUAUAUAUGCAUGGGAGGGAAAUCUGCCUCUUCCUGCUGCAGCAUCACAGCUUCUAAUGGGCAAUUUGCCCCACGCCCUUGUCACCCUCAGCAGCAGACACGCUAUACUCCUUGCUGUCCCCGGCUUGGCAGUGAGGAUGUGGGUGAUGUGGAGAAAGGUUUUAGGAAACGGACACAUUCAGCUGGAACUUCUCCUACCAUCUCCCACCAGAAGACCCCCUCACAGUCUUCAGUAGCUUCCAUUGAAGAGUAUACCGAGAUGCUCCCCUCAUAUUCCUGUGGUGGUAGCAGGCUCCCUUCUUUUCGACAUUCUGCUUUUGUGCCAACCCAUUCUUACCCUGAAGAGUGUAUAGAAAUGCAUCAAGUGGAAGGCAACCACCGCCGGACUAACUCUACCCCACACACUGAUGAUGGCUACAUGCCAAUGUUGCCAGGAGUUGCUCCUGUGCCCAGUGGUGGUAAUGCUUCCAAAGGUGGUGAUUAUAUGCCCAUGAGUCCCAAGAGUGUGUCAGCCCCACAGCAGAUCAUCAACCCUGGAAGAGGAGGCCGCCAUGUCCAAGCCAUGGUGGACUCCAAUGGCUACAUGAUGAUGUCUCCAAGUGGCAGUUGUUCUCCAGAUAGUGGUCCCAGUGGUUACAGCAAACUGUGGCUGAAUGGGACGAGUCAUCACCCCAAACUUUCGGUGGAGAGCAAUGAGGGGAAGCUGCCAAGCAGUGGCAGUGAUUACAUUAACAUGUCUCCAGCUAGUGGCUCUGCUACUAGCACCCCUCCAGAUUGCUACUUCACUGGCUCAGGAACUCCAGGCCCAGAAGAGCCAUCAGUGCAGGGUCCCACCCAGUCCCACCACAAGCCCAUCUAUUCCUACUUCUCCCUGCCACGCUCCUUCAAGCACAUGCAACGCAGGACAGGUGAAGAGGGAAAUACUCAAAUGCGCCUGUCCUUUAGUUCUGGCCGCUUGCUUUAUGCUGCUGCUGAGGACUCUUCCUCAUCCACUAGUAGUGAUAGCCUUGGUGGCCCUGGGGGACAGGAGGGUGUUGGGUAUUCUGUUCUUACACAGCCAUUGCAGCAGCCCUCUCCUUGUCCUGUGGACUCAGCAGCGCUGACCAAGAGCCGUCUGGCCAGACCUACCCGUCUGUCCUUGGAUGGCACAAAGGCCAGCACUUUGCCUCGUGCUCGGGAACAGCUUCCAGAGCCCAAAAGUCCUGGUGAGUAUGUGAACAUUGAAUUCAAGCAGCCGCCCUUCCCAUCACCUCUGCCUCAUGGAGAUACUGGCUCCAGUUCUGAGGAGUAUAUGAAUAUGGACUGGAGGGCUGCCUGCCCAGCCAGCUUAGCACCAGGGCAGGCAAGCCAGGGUGGGUCAGGCCACAUUGGUGGCCGAGACUAUAGGAGCAUGCAGUUGGGUAGCGGAGGACACUAUGUGGUUUGUGCCCGUACCCCUUCUCCUUCUCCUCCAGCUGUUCUUCUCAGUUAUGCUGAUAUGAGGUUGGGUCGUGGUAGGCCAGAGAAAAACUCACCUCCUAUUGGGCUGCCCUCCCCUCAUCCUCAGGCCCAGCCAGGGGAUUUGGAUUCAGUUUUGCCCCACUCCUGUUCUUCAUCCAUGAUUGGGGGCCCAGGGAUGACCAGCGCCUUUACACAUGUCAGCCUCAGCCCUAGCCACAGCACCCAGAGUGCCAAAGUGAUCCGUGCUGACCCCCAGGGAGGCCGGCGACGCCAUAGUUCUGAGACUUUUGUUUCCUCCACCACCCCUAGUGGUGGCCUGGGGGCCCCAGCUGUACCCCAUGGACCUGGAGGGGGCUCUGAUGAUGUGAAGCGUCACAGCUCAGCCUCUUUUGAAAAUGUCUGGCUGAAGCCCAUAUCUGGAGAGCUGGGAUCUUCCUCUGGCCACCGUAUGGCAAUCAGGAGGGAGCAGAUAGCUGGUGGGACUGGAGGAGGUACUGAAAAUGGCCUCAAUUACAUUGACUUGGACUUAGUGAAGGAUUUUAAUCGCCACCAACAUCCUCAUCCUCAGGAGAGCACUUCCCUGCUAGGGGUCAAGCAGCCAACGCAGCAGCAACAGCAGCACCAGCCACCUAAAUCUCCAAAUCAGCCUUGUGGGAGUAGCCACUUGAGUGAUGAAUUAAGUGCAUAUGCCAGCAUUAGCUUCCACAAGCGGGAGGACAUCCAGUAGCUGGGCAGGAGCCAGAGACAAGAAUGAUGACCUACACAACCUCAGAAAAAGCCCUUCUUUGAACUCAUGGGUAUCCAGACUGUUUUGUGUAUCACAACUAGGACCUCACAUCUUCUUCCUCAGUAGAUGGGUACGAUGCCUCCAGUUCAAUUUGUUUACUUUACACAGACCUCAGGAGUUAGUUGACUGAACUGCACAUUUUUUUUCUUCUUCAAUUUUUUGUGCCAAGCAAAAGCACUGUGACCCCUGGACGACAAGUCUGCAAUUACUUUCUCCUCCACCAUAAAGACUUAGUUGGCUACAGUGAACUCAUAUGCCCAUCCCCGUAAUAACGGUGAGCAUGGGUAUACUACUAGCUCAGAAGACACAGAUUUUAAGUUGCUGCUGAAAAACCUGUACGACAAAUCAUCAGUGUAAAUUAUUACAUACAAACUGUUAAUGUUGGUUGAAGAGUAUUAAAUAUUUAACAUAGGUUUUUGAUUUAUACAUGUACUUUUUUAAUUAAAAUGUAACUUUUCCUACAGCACAUCUUUUUUUGAUGUGGAACUGAGGUAUAUUAUAUUCUGUUGUAAACAGAGUGGGGUUAGGGUGGGGUAUGCUUAAAACCAGUUGAUUUAAGAAUAGAGUAGGGUACUAUUCUUUUUUAAGAUUGUAAGUCAGAAUAUAAUAUAAUAUGGAUCAAUGGCCCAUGGAUUGUACAGUCAUAUUUGCUGGUACCGUAAUUUGUAAAAUAACCCUAAAAUUGAGCUGAAUUCUUUCAAAUAGAAAAUAAUAUUUUGUACUCUCCCUGUAAAACAUAAGGCUGUAUUAAUGAAAGGAAAACUUAACUGUGCAUGAUAUAUAGAAGUGUGAAUUUGAAACUGUUGGUUGCACAGGAACCUAAAAAACAUGAGAAAAAUAAAUCUAAGUCUUCCAUUGUAUAUAUAUAUAUGUAUGUGUAUAUAUAUAUAUAUUGAAGAAAAACAAAAACAAAACACAGGCAAACUCUUCAAAUUGAAAUAUCCCUGGAAUGAAAUAUGUCGGUGUUUGUAAAUUCUGGAAAUCUCUUUCUAUACUUAAUAAACUAGAUACCGUUUUAUCUUUA